AUGGGCGGAGUGGCAUCUUCAAAAUGUGAUGGAUUGGAGCAUGUACUUACAGUCAUGAUAGAUAAAGAUUACUAUGGAACGGAAUAUUUAAAUCAAAUGUUCAUUGUACCGGAACAUGCAGAUACUAAAAUCUAUGACUCUCUAGAACAUUCCAUAAUGACAGAAAAAUAUAAAUUGCAACAGGAUAUUUUAUACAUAAUAGGUAUCCGUGCUGAUAAACCCAAAAUUAUUCCGGCGGCUAAUGAUGAAAAACAAAAAAUUCCUAUGCCUGCUGAUACAACUAAAAGUGAUGGAAUUUCGAAAAGUACCACAUUUAAUAAUGCGAGAAAAAUUGUUAAGAGAAAACUUUGUUGUAGUACUAUGCAUGAUGAUGAAUACAAGCGAAUUUACUAUGCUACUAGUUAG